AUGAUAGUGUUCAUUUUCCUGGCUGUGAGGCUAAGCUCAGGAAAUGAAUCCUCUUCCCACACAAAUGAUUGUGUGUAUUUAAUGCAGCAAUGCUUGAUUGAUACAGACGGCUGUGAGCAAGCAUGGAGAUCAGUGGAAGACACUUGCAUUGUUCCAGAUGACUCCUGCAAGAUAAAUAAUUCAUCACAUUGCAACCUCAGAAUCCAGUCUUUGGUGGAAAAAAAUGUCCAACUGAAAGAAUGUCUUUGUACUGAUGACCUCCACUGUACAGCAAACACACUUUUGGGGAAAAAAUGCUACAAUAAGACAGAUAACAUGAAAAAGGAUAGUAAAUAUAAAGGGAAUCUAACUACACCUUUAUAUCAUGGAUUCAAACAGACGCAGUCUUGUUUGGAAGUGACAGAGGCGUGUGUAGGGGAUAUGGUUUGUAAUGCACAAUUGGCCCUUUACCUUAAAGCAUGCUCAGCAAACGGGAAGCUGUGCGAUGUGAAACACUGCCAAGAAGCCAUACGGUUCUUCUAUCAAAAUAUGCCUUUUAACACUGCCCAGAUGUUGGCUUUCUGUGACUGUGCUCAAUCUGAUAUACCCUGUCAGCAGUCCAAGGAAACCCUCCAUAGCAAGCCGUGCGCGCUGAACGUAUUUCCACUCCUCACUUGCCUUGGUGUAAUUCACACUUGCCGAAAUGAUGAAUUAUGCAGGACACGCUAUCAAACAUUCCAGACAGAAUGCUGGCCCCGUGUGACUGGGAAGUGCCAUGAAGAUGAAACGUGCAUUGGCAUGUUAGGCAAGCAUGACCUGACUUGUUCUGCGAGUGAUAGCUGCAAGGCUGCCUACCUAGGAACCUUUGGGACAGUCCUUCAAGUGCCAUGUGCUUGCAGGAGCAUCACACAGAAUGAAGAACCUUUGUGCAUGGCUUUCCAGCACAUGCUUCAUAGCAAAUCAUGUUUCAAUUAUCCAAGUCCUAACGUCAAGGACAUUUCCUCAUAUAAAAGAACGCAUUCAAAGGAAAUUGCUCUGACUGGAUUCAAUUCUCCUUUCAACGGAGAUCUAAUCUAUGCUGUCGUGUGCAUGGUGGUUACCAUGGGGAUUUUUCUCUUGGUGAUACUCAAGCUGAGGAUAUCAAGUAAAAAAAGGGAUUCCUCAGCCAACAAAAUAGCUGAAGGUGUUGUCAUUUAG